CUGCUAUGAUGAAAAGUGAAUUGAAAGUGAAAUCUAUGAAGUGAUUCCCCUUUUCACACCCUGCCUUGCGUACACCUGCCUCUUAUUCCAUCCACUUGAAUCGAAACUGUUCAUCCCCCCAUUGCAACCACAAUAUCUAUCUUCAUUUUCAUCAACAAACACUACAGGAAUCAGUCAAAUCACCACCCAAUUUAGCAUAAUUACUACUUGGGUUUUGUUUUUUUCGAUUAAAUCGUAGAGAUAUCACGUCAAGCACAAAUCUUGUAACCGUUUCUUUCGUUCUUUACCUCAAUUAUCCCAAAUUUGUUGUGAAUUUGUGGGUUUAGGUUUAUGGGUAUGAUCAAGAUCGGUUAAAGUUCCAAUUUUGAUAUCUGGGUUCAAUCCAGAAUUUGAAAUCUUGGUGGUUUUUGUUAUCGGGUUUUGUUAAUAUGGCGGGUUUGAAAUCUGGUGUACGGAUGGAUUACUGGAGGGAGUAUUUUCGGAGUGCAAAUGCGGAUAUUUUCGAAAUAAUUGAAGGGGCGAUUAUGUUAGCUGCUUCUGAUUGCCCUAAAGAGUUUAAAGUUAGGAGGGAUCAUAUUGCUCAGAUUUUGUUUUCUUGUAGAGUGAUCAAGUGUUCUGGUUGUGAAAAAGAGGAAUUAGUUUUGCCUGUAGAUGAUGAUGAUGAUCAUCAUCAUCAUCAUGAUGGUGAUGAUGAUGAGGAUGAGAUAGUUAAAGAUAGCAGCAAAGUGAUUAGUUGUUCUAGAAAUAAUGAUGUUGAUGAUGAAGUGGAUUAUGAUGAUCAUCAUGAUGUAGAGGUUAAUGAAACUAGCCCUCAAGUUGGGAAUUAUAGUUAUGAUGCCGCAGAAGCUCUGACCGAUGAAAUCGAACAAGAAUCCCAAACUUUUGGUGAGGUUAUGAGGAUUAAAGAGAUUGUUGACAACAGCCCUGAUGAGUCUGCAUCAGUUUUAUGCAAUUCAUUAAGGAAGCUUCAGUUGAUGUCAAUAUCAGUAGAAACACUCAAGGCAACCGAAAUUGGAAAAUCUGUUAUUGUUCUUCGAAAACAUGCAUCAAAGGACGUUCGUCAGAUCGCAAGAUCACUAAUCGAAGUGUGGAAGGAUAUGGUAGAUGAGUGGGUGAAUGCUACUUCAAAGAUAACCGUUUCUGAAAAUACCCCCGAGUCGAUGAAUCCAUCUGUUGUUGAUGAAGAAGAAGGUUUACCUUCACCUCCUUUAGACGAUUUAGCGUUUUUGAACCCUCAUUCAAUGUCAUUGGAAUUAUCCGAGAAGUUCUUCGAUGGCAUGGAUGAUUACGGAAAUACUCAAAAGAAUGAGAACCGUAAUAACAGAAAGCCACCAGUUGAGAAGCAAAACGUAACCAAGUGGAAACCACACAAACCGUUAAACAGGGAAACCAUGGUUCCGAAACCAACCGUGGUUAAACCAAGUAAACAACCAGUUGUUGACUCAAUACUGGGGAGACGAAUGAAACCGAAUAUGGACCAGAAGCUGCAAAAUCUGGAACACACGAUUCUUUCUAAGAGGCCCGUGACCCCUCAACAACGUAAACUAAUGUCCUCCGGUGGAGAAACCGAUCAAGACAAGCUUGAAGCCACAAAGAGGAAGCUUCAAGAAAGUUAUCAGCAGGCGGAAAAAGCGAAGAGACAACGAACGAUACAAGUUAUGGAGUUGCAUGAUAUCCCGAAGCAAGACGUUGCUCAAAAACACCAAUACACGAGACCCGGAAACAACCAUCAUAGACACCGGGCCAACGGGCGGUUUAGCGAUCGUAUUCGUUAAAAUUCAAUGGCUUAAAUGAGACUGAAAGGCCAAAUUUGGGGGAUUUUACAACUAAGAUUUGGGGUUGUUUAUUAGUUUAGUUCAAUUGGGAGGUGCGAAAGUUGACUUUGGUGUAUAAAAAUACCCUAUACAACCACCCCUUUAUUGACUUCUAAAUUGGAAGAUUGGAGCAACCCCACUCUACCCUAUCCUAUCCCCAACACACAUAACAGGCAUUCUUGAAAGCACACAAUAAGUGCGUUUUAGUAGUCAGUACAACAUGUUUUUAAUACAAGUUUAUAUACUAGACUAGUAUCGUUUCACAUGAUCCUUUGGGUCGUGUUUAAACAUUGUUUGAUAUUUUGUAAGAGCUGGUUCUUAACGGCUAACGCAGAGCGAAAGCAAAUAAAUAAAGAGAAUAUUUUUCAA